UUUUAAUUUUUUUUAAACUUGUACGGAGGGAUAUUCGGUUUUGAAACAAAGACUUUUCAUUUUUGUUUGGUUUUUGUGAGCUAAAAGAAAAGGCACUGUUCGGAUCUGAGUUGGGUUUUUUUUGUUAGAUUUUUUUUCAUCUUUGAAAUUAUUAUAACAACAAUGAUUUCCUUCUGAAGUAAUCUUUAAAAAAAAAAUCGAUUGUCUUUUUUCGUUUAGCAUUUUUAUUUUUAAUAAUUAAAUAAUUUAAUGAUCCAAAUCUGACAACCAAACCAUGAGGAAGAAGCUCGAUACCCGUUUCCCAGCUAUGUGAUUAGUGCUGAAACUUUCAAACAUAUUUGUUUCUCAGGCUCGCAUUAAAAAGAUUAUGCAAGCCGAUGAAGAUGUUGGGAAGAUUGCAUUAGCAGUGCCUGUUUUAGUUUCUAAAGCAUUGGAAUUGUUUCUACAAGACCUUUGUGAUCGUACAUAUGAGAUUACCCUUCAAAGAGGAGCAAAGACGAUGAAUUCAUUGCAUUUAAAGCAUUGUGUACAGAGCUUUAAUGUAUUUGAUUUUCUGAGGGACAUUGUCAGCCGGGUUCCUGACUAUGGUCAUGGCCAUUCUGAUGCUGCUGCUGCUGAUGACCGAACAGUUUCAAGGAGAAGGAAAGCUGCUGGAGAUGAAGUCAACGACAGUGAUGAAGAAUCAAAGAGGAGCAGAAUGCAUGAUGUUGGUCAUGCAGGCACCAGUGGCAGAGGAAGAGGCCGGGGACGAGGUAGGGGACGUGGAAGAGGAGCUCGAAAUGCUGAAAGAGAUUCUCAUCGCGAAAUAGAAUCAGAACCCUGCUCAACUCUUCAGCAAAGUAACAAAAGUCAUUCAACCCCUGGAAUGAUGAUAGAUGAUGGUUCUGAGUCGAAGGAACUGAUGAAAGAGAACGCAAUUGGUGAAGAUGCCAAUCAAGCUGUUCGGAACUUUGAUCUGAAUUCUGAGGUAAAUGAGAACGUGGAUGCAAAGGCCUCAGCAGUUGUGGCAACUGCUGCUGCGUCAGCUGCUGCAACAGCAGCAGUGGCAGCAACUCAGCCUUCUUCAGCAGAGCCUACAACAGAGACUAAACAUGAAGAAUACCCAGGCUGGUCUCUUUCAGAUAUGGACAAGAUGGCCAUUGAUCCUCUUCAACUUGCUCAGCUUGGCAGAAGGUUAGAUGAGGAUGAAGAAGAUUAUGAUGAGGAAGGGUAAGUAGUUAUGGAGCACGACUCCUAGAAAAAGGUAGCGGUUGAAUAUCAGAUUAGCACCUGAGUAGAAAGGCAGAGAAAAGGCGAAAUAGUCAAAGAUAUAACCUCAUUGGAGAAUGGAAGUAUAUCCUAUGUAGGUCUCAAUGACCGAAAUGCAUCUCUUCUCUUUCUCCCUCUGUUUAUCUCUGUCAUUGUUCUCUUUCUGUUAUACCAUUUGCUAACCUAACUUUAAAAUGGUGGUAGCUUCUUGCAACGACAAGACACUAGUCUCGGAACUUGCUCAUUACUCAACAAGAAAAUAUGGCUCCUUAGUGUAACAGAAUUGCCCUUAGAAAAUCUGUGUUAACUAUGAUCUUUGCUCGUUUUGUUUGGAUUAGCUCAUUAACAUUAGUUCAUGAUUUUUAAGUGCAACAUUCUUGUCUGUUUCUUUAAUUGCUUUAACUUAAUGUAGUCUGCUAGUUUCA